AUGUAUCCAGAUUCGAAUAAUUUUGAAGGAAUCUCUCUAUUUGCAACAACUCAAACAACAGCAACAAAUUCAACAGUUAAAUGGGUUUCAGUGGGCGAAUCAACAGCCAAUCUAGUCAUUGAUUCCAUCUCGUUACUUGCAUUUAUUCUACUCUACAUUCCAACUCUGAUUGUUUACAUCAAGAGAGAAUCAUGGUUAUUGGGCUGGUUGAUUAUUAAUUCUAGACUUUGUGGAAAGAAGGGAGAUUUACAGGAUAGUACAUGGCCAGUGAGGUUAUUGAAACGAUUUGUGAAAGUUGAUGAAAAGAAGAAUAAUCAAAAGACACAGUCGAAAGGUUUCUUCUUUUUAUUGUUACACUCCUUGUUGGUGUUUUACCUGAUGAGAAUUGGACAUGAAAUUGUGACUAUUAUUCAACACGUAUUUGAAUUGCAGAGAAUUGAGAGUGAUUUUGAAACAACAAAACAAGUGAGAAGAAUUUUCGAUUACAUUUCAAUUUAUUGGUACCUGUUUAAUUACACACUGAUUUUGCCGAUUUGGUUGAAGGUCUGUAUGUCUUGGAUGGGUCAGACCACCAAAAAGAAGGCCAUCACCAUUACAAUUUAUGUUAUUUUGAUUUUGUGUAAUAUUGCAGCAUUUGUUGGAUUGGCACCAUUGGUAGUGAUGGCAAUUUUGGCUUUGGCUCAUCCAACCAUUGAUUAUGAAAAGACAAGACGUUAUUUAAUGUAUGGAAUGGCUGCUCCAUUGGGUGGAUUGGCUGUGUUGGCAGUUCUUGCUAUGAGUAUUGCUUGUGUUGCCAUUAUCAUUCACAUGAUUAAAGCCACUUCAAAGAGUCAACCUGAAGAUGGUGAAUUGUACAUUCUCCAGAAACAAACCAUUGUUAAAUUGACAGUUGCUGUAGUUAUUUUGGGUAUUGGUGUUAUUGUUAGAUUGGUUGCUGUUGCUAUUUAUGCAAUUGAUUUACCGAGCUAUGUGAUUUAUCCACUGGUUAAGGCUAUUCCUGAUGUUUCCUUUGCAUUGUGUGUUAUUUUGAUUUUCUGGCCUUACAGAUUACCAGUUUUGAGUCAUCCAGUUCAAUUUGUUAUGCAAGAACUCAAAUACUCAACAAAAGUUAUUUUGGAAAAGAAGGAUGAAAUUGUUGGAUCCAAUGUCAUGAAGAGAAAGGAGAGUGUUCUUCCAUCUUCAUCAACUAAUCCUGUGAGAAUUUCAUCUGUUAUGGUGAUCUUAGGGAUGAAUCGACACCUUCAUCCAUCAAUCAACCAACCAAUGUUAGUUCAAUAG